GUGCUGGUGGUGAACCAGGAGCUCAAGAUGGGCAAGGGAAAGAUCGCCGCGCAAUGCGGGCAUGCUGUGCUGGGUGCUUACAAGAGGGGGAAGAAGUAUGCUCCCUCCGCGCUGACGUGGUGGGAGAAGUUCGGCCAGGCGAAAAUCUGCGUGCAAUGCCCGACAGAGGAUGAGAUGUGGGAGAUCGCCAAGAAGGCAGGAGCCAAGGGCCUCAUCACUUACAUUGUCAUGGAUGCUGGGAGGACGCAGAUAGCGGCGGGGAGCAGGACUGUGCUCGCGAUCGGACCUGCGCCCGAGCAGCAGUUCAAAGGACUUACGGAUCACCUGAAGCUGCUGUAA